AUGGCCCCCUGUACCGCCUCCCCAUGCUGCUGCCAGGCCCGUAAUCUGCCAUGGGCCCCCGUACCGACUCCUCAUGCUGCUGCCAGGCCCGUAAUCUGCCAUGGGCCCCUGUACCACCUCCUCAUGCUGCUGCCAGGUCCAGAGUGUGUCAUGGGUCCCUGUACGGCCUCCCAUUGCUGCUGUCUCCAUCGCCACACUCUGCCAUGUGCCACUUUCAGGUCUCCUCACACUGCUGGUGGUUUUCCAUUUUUGUCAUAGGGUGCUGUAUGGCCUCCCAUUGCUGCUGCCUCCACCGCCACACUGUGGCUCCACACUCUGGUUUUGGCCCCGUGACUGCCCAAAUGAGUGAAGUGUGCGGUGAUUCUAAGAUCGACGGCACUCAUCUGCAUGUCAUACUGCCUGACAGUAUUAUUUCUCUUCCCCAGCAGACUCCAAGGGCAUUUAAAUUAAAGGUACAGUGUUCAGCACUAAUAUUA